UGUCCGGGUCCGGUUGAACCCAAAAAAAAAAAAAAGAAAGAAAAAAAAAGAAAAGAAAUCCGUGACAGCUCGCGUGCGGAAGAUGAUGAUGGUAAAUAAAAAGCCGCAUACAGACGGAGGAAUGCGCGAAUAAAUGUGCGCGGAGAGUUUUGCGGCGGAUUGCGGCUCGGAUGCGGAGGCGCCACUGCGGGAACAUGGCGAGGCUCUAAACUUUACAUUCGGGUUCCCGCUGCUGGUUCUGCCGCGGACUUUAAUCUGAGCUCCCAGUGCGGGUUCUGUUGUUGUUGUUUAAGGAUUUGAAAACAAAAGUUGGUUUUGACGGAAGUGAUUUUUCACGGCGGGGAUGAGUAAAGCCCGGAGCCGGGCGCGCUGUGUGUGGCAGCAACUCCGGACUCUGAAGUUUUCCAGGCUGAUUAUUCUGCGGGCUGCUCGAAACAGCGCUCUUUGUUCUGAGUGACUCAGGUGGACAUCAGCUCCUGACCCAGCAGCACACUGCGUGACGCUUCCCGCCCGUUCUGAAGACCCAGGCGAGGACCGGACCCUCAGCACUGCUCGGUGACGGUUCUGUGAUGUCACGCCGUUGACCCAACCUGACGACGUGUUUACGUUUCUCCAUUGUGGCGUGAUACAAGGCCGACACUGUGAGGUUGUGAUGUUCAGCGUACGCUCCAGCAGCCCUUCAUGAGUCCAUUCAUGCUCUGAUCCCAGUCAUGCCGCAGUGCUGUGGCUCCUGACUCUUGAGGGCUGAUGAGUGUUUGGGAGCAAUGGAGCGCUGCAAGCACGUGGUCCGUCUCCGUUUGGGACAAGACCACUCCAUCCUGAACCCUCAGAAAUGGCGCUGUGUGGACUGUAACACCACGGAGUCCGUGUGGGCGUGUCUCAAGUGCUCACACGUGGCUUGUGGUCACUACAUAAACGAGCACUCUCUGCAGCACUACCACGAGACGCAGCACCCGCUCGCCAUGGAGGUGCGAGAGCUGAACGUGUUCUGCUUUGCGUGUGGUGAUUACGUCCUGAACGACAACGUCGAGGGUGAUCUGAAACUUCUGCGGGGAGCGUUGUCCACUGUGCGGGAUGCUGGGCGCCGCUCCAUGCGUUCGGCAUCAUCAUCGUCGACACAAUCAGCAAGUGGCGAAGGGGCGGGGCUUGUGCAGAUCGCGCUAAGGCACCGGCGGCGUGUGCUGCUCGUGACUGCUUUCCGGCGUUGGAGGACGCAGCAACAAGAGAAGCAAAAAAAACUGAAACAGGAGAAGGAGGAGCUUCGGCGGCAACGUAAGGAAAUGAAGAAGAGGAUCAUGGGAGAUGACGGGAGUGCACCGCCAAGGAAAAGCGCACGCCUCCUGACUCAGGCGCCGCGGCCGCUCAUUGCGCUGAUUCCGAGAAAAUUCCGAGAGCCGCCUGAAAAAGUGCCGCUUCCCAGCAAGACUUUAUCAAAGAAUCCCAGAAAGGUGCUCCGUACUGUGAAAUCGGGCGUGGCAGGAAAGCGGGCCACGUCGUCUUUUCUGUUAGCACGGCGCAGGCGAUUAGCGCCGGGUGUCACGGGACUGCGGAACUUAGGCAACACGUGCUACAUGAACUCAAUCCUGCAGGUGCUGAGCCACUUGCGUAAGUUCAGGGAGUGUUUCCUCGCACUGGAUCUGUGUGAGACGGAGCAGCUGCUGCUCGCCAAGACACAAGGCAUGAUGGGAGGAGAGAAACUGGUGCAGCCAAAAGACCCUCGCUCUUCAUCGUUAUCCGGCCAGCAGGUGUCUCUGUGCCAGGAGCUGCACACUCUGUUCAGGGUGAUGUGGUCGGGCCGCUGGACGCUCGUGUCUCCGUUCGCCAUGCUGCACUCCGUGUGGAACGUCAUCCCGGCGUUCCGCGGCUGCGACCAGCAGGAUGCGCAGGAGUUCCUGUGUGAGCUGUUAGAUAAGGUGCAGCAGGAGCUCGAGGCCGAUGGUGGCUACGGAGCGAAACAGCAACACACACGCACGCGCAUCGUCAUCCCCAUCACACAGAGGAAGCUCUCCAAGCAGGUGCUCAAAGUUCUCAACACCAUCUUCCACGGCCAGCUGCUCAGCCAGGUGACGUGUCUGUCAUGUAAGCGGAAGUCGAACACGGUGGAGCCGUUCUGGGAUUUGUCUCUGGAGUUUCCUGAGCGUUAUCACAGCGUGGCCAAGCUGAGCCAGGCGUCAUCUCAGAGCUGCUCUCUCACGGAGAUGCUGAGCAAGUUCACCGAGACCGAGGCACUGGAAGGACGCAUCUACAACUGUAACUACUGCAACAGAAAAAGACGCAAGUCGUCCCGUAAGCCGCUGGCUCUGUCUGAGGCCUGUAAACAGCUGCUGAUUUAUCGUUUACCUCAGGUGCUGCGGCUUCACCUUAAACGCUUCCGUUGGUCAGGCCGGAACCACAGGGAGAAGAUCGGUGUUCACGUAGCGUUUGAUCAGGUUCUGAACAUGGAGCCAUACUGCUGUUCUGAUGCAUCGCAGGUCUUCACCUACGACCUCUCUGCUGUAGUGAUGCAUCAUGGGAAAGGCUUCGGCUCAGGACACUAUACCGCCUACUGCUACAACACGGAGGGGGGUUUCUGGGUCCACUGUAACGACUCGGAGAUGAACGUGUGUAGUGUAGAGGAGGUCUGCAGCACUCAGGCGUACAUCCUGUUCUACACACAACGAUCAUCUUAAAGAGACUCAAACACACACCUGUGUGUAGUACUGACUGAAAGAGUGUGUGUGUGUGUGUGUUUUGUUUGUUUAGAACGGGCCUUAUUACUGUGUACGUGUGUGUGUGUGUGUGAGAGUGAGCGAGAGAGAGACAUAUCCCUAUUCUAGCCAGCACAUGUAUUUAGGUCAGGUCUGAUUAUUCAGCUAUAUUUUUCCACCGAGGUAUUUUCCAAUAAAAAUGAGGGUCAUCCCUCAUGGCACUUUUCCACCACUGUGAAGCCGGAUCUAGAACCGUUCCACAAUUUUUCAGCGCAGAACAGCUGGUUUUGAGUAUUUACAGAGGGCCACACAGCAGCGUUUCAUUCUGUUUUGUUGAUAAAUGGCCGUGUAUUUCGUGGACCUUACUUGUGAUACUCGUGAUGUCCUACGCCCCCAGUAUGAUUCAGCCAGGAGUGUGACUUCGCUGUCAGAAAUCGAACACCCCAGCAAAAAAUGACCUGAAAGCCAUCGUGGCACUGUUGAGUGUUAUUGCACAAACAGAUUAUCUACAUAAAACUAAUAACAAUCGCUUCAGAUGUCUGAGAUUAGUCUGUAGGGCCUUUUGUUUCUAAGGUAACAGCAGGUUCGAGCAGCUACACGUUCACUAUGACCAGAUGUAAUCAGGGGUUUAUUAUCUGAGCUCCCGGAGGAACACCUUCUGUUUGAGAAACGCCCACAUCUGCUGAUGUAACGGUUUGGGUGUUAAAGGGGCCGACUCGCCCUUCCCACAAUCCUCUGCACCAAGCAGCAAGUCACCAUUUUCAAUGCUGACAAGAUUCCAAAAUCAAUCCACUACAGUUCAGUGCCAUCCGCAGCCAUAGAUCUGUAAACUGUAACGUGAAAUUGAAGAUAUUUUGUCAAAGUAGUAGUUUUUUUUUUUUAAAGACUAAUCCAGUCCAUGUGCUUCUUCCGGUGUAAUGGACCAGAACCAAUCUUGGUGGAGUUGCAGGCGGUGGCAGAAAGAAAAAAAUCAGGAAUAUUUUAUUCAAAACUUCCACGUAUGACGUGCUGAUGAAGGAGAAAGUUGAGUUGCAGUUGUGGAGGUUUUUCUGUGCAGAGAUCAGUUAGUGGUCACAUGACUUCAAAAGAAAAACAAUGAAUUGGAUGCUGGGAAAUGCGAAUCGCCUCUUUAAAGGUCAUAGGCAAGGGUCGGAGGUGAAAUGUAGAAUAUCAAUUUUAGUGUCUAGAAGAACGACCCAAAAAGCGAAUUCAAUCUUCCUGGUGUCUAAUUUGCAGCCUGAAAUUGAAUAAAACAGCCCUGUGAUGACCUGGCGACUUGUCCAGGGUGAACCCCGCCUUUCGCCCGUAGUCAGCUGGGAUAGGCUCCAGCUCGCCUGCGACCCUGUAGAACAGGAUAAAGCGGCUACAGAUAAUGAAAUGAGAAAUUUGAAUAAAAUGGUUAAAAUACACUGUUUUGCCCAAUUUCUGAAGGUUUGUUUACAUCUCACUUAUGCGCACUUUCACCGCCAGGGGCCCGUCGUCGUGACGUCAUUUAAGCCAAACAGACCGGGAGCAGUUCCGUGUUUACCUGCGAACCGAGCACACGUGUACGGACUUUGUUCGUGAGAGGUUGUGUAAAAUGUCUGAUAGCGAUUUUGAAGCAGGACCUCUCCAAAUUAAACAUCGAGAGGUGAAACCGUAUCUGUAUGACCCUGUGGCCGUUGUGAAGCAGUUGGUGAAUGUGGCUCACUGGUUUGAUCGUGCGGCCUCGGAAUCGGACAGCGACUUGGCCGACUCUGAUCGCGGCGAUCCCGGACCUCAACAAGACUCGCGCCCAAACGAUUUAUCCUGGUAGUUAUGAUAAAUGCCUACUUUCGUCGUAAUACUAAAUAAGAGCCUUUUUGAAGAAUAAUUAAACCGCCUCCCUAGUGGAUAUAGGGAACGAUUACUGGACAGCGUGCCGGUAGGCCACAUUAGCCUGCCAUCCGCGGCAUUAUACUAUUUAUAGCCGACUCUAAGCGAGGAAAUAUCCCUUUGUCUCAUUUCCACAGUGAUUGUACAGGAUCCCUCAGGAUUCUUGACUUGUCAAUUGCAAGCAAAAGUAAAAAUGUUUCCCUCCAAUCUUCUUUUUGCUUGAGCGUUGCUGCUCCGUUUCUUCUCUGACUGCUUGAUUUUGUUUCACGUACACAAUCCACUCUCUCCGCCUCGUCUCCGCUUCCGGAAAAAGCCAAUCCACUGGCUUCACGCGCACAAUCCACUCUCUCUGCCUCGUCUCCUUUUUCAGGAAAAGCCAACCCUCUCACUCUGCCUCUUCUCUUCCAGAAAAAGCCAAUCUACUCUCUCUGCCUCUUCUCCUCUCUCAGAAAAAGGUAAAAGCUUCUUCCUGAACCGGUCCCGUUGUUACAGUUCACUGCACAACAAUAAGGCAUGGGGGUUUUCUUUGGAAAUUCCUGAACACACGUCUGCACUCAAGCCGAGCGGCAAUGUAAGUAAACAGAAGUGGACUCAACUCAAGCGGUUUGUUCGUCUUGAAUGAUGUCACGCGCCGAGUGGUCACGAUAAUCACGGAACAGAAAUUCAGCGCGAGCCGCGCUUACUUUAUUUUAAUUAUUACUUGUUAACAAUACUUCUUGGGACCAGAAGAAAAUUACAGAGGGUUUUUUAACAUAAAGUUUCAAAUGUGCAUAAAAUUUAAAAUCAUUGUCUAUGACCUUUAACAUGCCGUUUAUAUAAAACAUGUUGGUAAACUGGCUCCGGCUCCACGGUUGGUGAAAAGUUGUAUUAGCUCUGACCUCAAAUUCAUUUUAGAUCUCAGAGAUUUUCUACAUGUUAAAACUGUACACACACACACACACACAGCGUGUGUACUCAUCCAGGGCAUUCAGGACCAGCGUCCUCACACUGGAGCUUCAGGAACACAUCACAGCGCCCCACACUGCCGGAGGGAGGAGCUCGACAUGCUGCAGUCAGAGCAAACAGAGGGACGGACAAGUGCAGACGGGGAGCGGGUGCUCGAGCUUCCCCUGCAUUACGCAAGUUUACUGCAGGACUGAGACGACUGUCUGGAAGAUUCCAUCAUCAAACUUCUCACACACCCCAAUCAGGAAUUAUUCAGCUUUGUGAUACGGUUCUUCUUUUCUACUGUGGUUUCUAACGUGCAUAGUGAACUGUGUAUGCUAGGGAUGGGGCUUCCUGCACCUGAAACUCUGAGGGGCAGGACACCUGCACACCUGCAUCCAAGACUCUGAAUGGGAUGGGGUA